CCUCUGGUGUUUUUCUAAUACCUACCUGGACAGGCUCACUCGUUACUAAGGAGCUGGGAGGGCUGCAUUUUAGCUCUUUAUUCAAUCAACAUGGUAGCCGGUCUCCUCACAAAGGGGCUUCUGCUCCUCCAACUCGCGUCUGGGUUGAUGGCAGCGCAGAAUGCCUCGAGACCGCUCUACAAGAACCCCAAUGCUCCAGUGGAGGCGCGGGUCUCUGAUCUGCUGGGUCGGAUGACUGUCCAGGAUAAGAUGGCUCAAUUGAUCCAGGGAGAUAUCAGCAAUUGGAUGGAUACCACGACCGGCGCAUUCAAUUACACAGGUCUGGUGGAGAACAUGGACUCAAAGGCUGGAAUGUUUUAUGUGGGAUAUGCUGUCCCCUGGGACUGGCUUUCGACCAACAUCAAGAGAGCGCAAGACUACCUGCUCCAGAACACGACUCUUGGGAUUCCCGCACUGGUUCAGACGGAGGGUAUCCAUGGUUUCCUGCUCGAGAACGCGACUAUCUACAACUCCCCGAUUGGGUACGCAUGUUCUUUCAAUACAGAGCUGGUCCAGAAAAUGGGUCGACUCAUUGCGCAAGAAGCUCGUGCUGUUGGUGCCACCCAACUGUUUGCGCCGCUGGCUGAUCUGGCACGCGAGCUUCGAUAUGGUCGGGUUGAGGAAACAUUCUCGGAGGAUUCAUACCUCGCUGGUGAAAUGGCCUACAGCUACAUCAAGGGCCUGCAGAGUCUCAACGUGUCUGCUACCGUCAAGCACUUUGUGGGAUAUAGUUUGCCUGAGCAGGGGUUGAACACUGCGCCCGUCCAAGGAGGAGAGAGAUAUCUGCGCUCUACCUGGCUGCCGUCCUUCAAGAGAGCCAUCGUGGAUGCCGGUGUGUGGAGCGUCAUGAGUGCAUACCACGCAUACGAUGGUAUCCCUGCAGUGGCCGACUGGUACGCCCUGACGAAGAUUCUCAGAGAGGAAUGGGGCUACAAAUACUGGGUCUUUAGUGAUUCCGGUGCCACCGACAGACUGUGCACGGCUUUCAAGCUCUGCAGGAGCUCUCCAAUUGAUAUGGAGGCCGUGACUAUGAUGGCACUGCCCGCUGGCAACGACGUCGAAAUGGGUGGAGGUUCAUAUAACUUCCAGAAGAUCCCCGAGCUCGUAGAGUCAGGCCAGCUGGACAUCGACAUCGUCAACACCGCCGUAUCCAGAGUACUCAGAGCCAAGUUCGAAAUGGGCCUCUUCGAGAACCCAUACCCUGCUGCUCCCCAGUCGGAGUGGUCCAACCUGAUCCACACCCCAGAGGCAAUCGAGCUUGCGCGAACCCUAGACAAGGAGUCCAUCGUGUUACUGGAGAACCAUAAUACUACCCUCCCGCUGAAGAAGAGCGGCAACAUCGCCGUGCUUGGACCCAUGGCGCAUGGAUACAUGAACUACGGCGACUACGUGAUCUACGGAAGUCAAUGGCGCGGCGUCACUCCCCUCGACGGCAUCAAAGCCGCCGUCGGCGACUCCGCCACAAUUCACUACGCCCAAGGCUGCGAACGCUGGAGCAACGACGAAUCCGGGUUCGAUGAAGCCAUCGCGGCCGCGAAGAAAUCCGACGUCGCCAUCGUAGUGGUAGGCACCUGGUCUCGAGACCAGACCGAGCUCUGGGAGAACUACAACGCCACAACCGGCGAACACGUCGACCUCGACGACCUCUCCCUCGUAGGCGCCCAAGGCCCCCUCAUCCGCGCCAUCCGCGACACCGGCAUCCCCACCAUCGUCGUCCUCUCCAGCGGAAAGCCCCUAACAGACGUAACCUGGAUCUCCAACAGCACCUCCGCGCUCCUCCAACACUUCUACCCAUCCGAACAAGGCGGGAACGCACUCGCAGACGUCCUCUUCGGAGACUACAACCCAUCCGGCAAACUCUCCGUCUCCUUCCCCCAUUUCGUCGGCGACCUCCCCAUCUACUACGACUACCUGAACUCAGCGCGCAACAUCGGCGACGCAGGACACGCCUACGCCAACGGCACAUUGGACUUCGGGCACCAAUACGUCCUCGGCGAUCCUCACGCCGUGUAUCCCUUCGGAUACGGGAAGAGUUAUUCCUCGUUCGAGUACUCGAAUCUGCGACUAAGCAAGACGAAUGUCACGGUGAAGGACACGGUGAGUGUUAGUGUUGAUGUGAAGAAUCUGGAUCAGAUGAGGGAGGCUACGGAGGUGGUGCAGGUUUAUGUGGUGGAUGAGAUUGCGUCGGUGGUGGUGGCGAAUCGGUUGCUUAAGGGGUUUGAGAAGGUGGUUAUUCCGGCCGGGGGGAGUAAGAGUGUCACGGUGGAUAUUAAGGUUGAGGAUUUGGGGCUGUGGAAUGUUUCGAUGAAGUAUGUGGUUGAGAAGGGGGCGUUUGGGGUUUUGGUCGGGAGUAGUUCGUUGGAUAUUAGGGGGAGUGCGGUGUUUUAUGUUGAGUAGGGAGGGAGGGGGUGGUUGGUUGGUGGGUUGUAUGGUUGGUGGAGAAGGAAAGAGGAUGGA